UGUCUCUUUUUGGUCAAAGGCUAAACGUUUUAUUAAACCAACUUCGUUCUCUCUUAAUGGUUUUAUUGUUUCUUCAGGUGCAAUUGUGAAUGAUUCUAUUGGAAUGUGUGAUAUAGCUGCUGAUUUUUAUGAAGAUUUUUUCAGAAGAUCUGAUAAUAUAGUUAGACCACAUCCUUAUGUUGAUGCACCAUUGCUAGAUUUUGAUAAUAAAGAUGAUCCUAUUCCUGAAGUAUCUUAA